CAAUUUAACCAAAGCAGGAGAGGGGCAGGCAAAUCGAAGCCAGCAGUGUGCGCUAUGCUGUCCCAUACCUAUACCUGCCACUACACAAGUUAAAAGGUAUCAACACUUAAUAAGUUAUUCCGCGAGUUCCUCAUCGACAAAAUCGUAAAUAAAUGCGCGAAGACGGCCUCAUGUCUUUUAGUCGUUGGUGAAGAAGCCUUUUCGAAUUGUGUUGAUGUAGGGAAUAAAUUGUUCAAGUGUCUCUGAUUUUUUUUUAUUUGUAAAAACAUACAUGUACUAGCGGAUUAACAAAAAUGUUGUCAAAAUUCUUUCAAGCGCUCACGAGGAGGAAGCAAACGGACGACACCGAAGAAAGCAAACUAGACCGAUGUCUCUCCCUUCUGGAUCUCACGGCGUUGGGAGUCGGCGGAACUUUAGGUCUAGGGGUGUACGUUCUGGCCGGUGCGGUGGCUAAAACUGUUGCAGGUCCGGCAGUUUGCAUUUCGUUUCUCAUUGCCGCCAUCGCUUCAGCUGUAGCUGGUGUUUGUUACGCCGAAUUUGCUGCCAGAGUACCUAAAGCCGGUUCGGCCUAUGUCUACAGUUACGUGAGUGUAGGAGAAUUCAUUGCGUACAUUAUAGGAUGGAAUCUGAUUUUAGAAUAUAUAAUAGGUACAGCCAGUGUGGCACGAGGAUUAAGCAAUUACAUCGAUGCAUUGGCCGAUCACAAAAUCAGGGAAGCAUUUAGGGAUUGGAUGCCGAUGGAUGUUAGCUUCCUCUCUGAGUAUCCUGAUUUUUUAUCGUUUAUCCUGGUCAUGCUCCUCACAGUAAUUUUGUCGGCCGGAGUGCGUGAAUCUUCCAUCCUGAACAACAUCUUCACUGUCCUAAACUUAAUAACAGUCGGUAUUGUCUUAGUCUCUGGAUCCUUGAAAGCCGAUACAUACAACUGGAACAUCCCCAAAAAAAACAUUCCUAAAGAAUUCAAAGAUGCGGCAGGUGAAGGAGGUUUCAUGCCAUUCGGAAUAUCGGGCGUGAUGGAAGGCGCCGCCAAAUGUUUCUACGGUUUCGUCGGGUUCGAUGCCGUCGCCACGACCGGCGAGGAAGCCAAGAAUCCCCAAAGAAACAUCCCCCUUGCCAUUGUCAUCUCGUUGGCCGUCAUUUUUGCAGCAUAUUUUGGCAUUUCUACUGUCCUCACCCUCAUGUUGCCUUAUUACGAGCAGGACAAAGAUGCGCCGUUCCCUUACGUAUUUGACAACGUCGGUUGGCAUACCAUUAAGUGGAUUGUUACGUCUGGAGCUGUUUUCGCCUUGUGCACAAGCAUGUUGGGAGCCAUGUUCCCCUUGCCCCGUGUCAUCUACGCCAUGGCCAAGGACGGCGUCAUCUUCAAGAAGCUGGCGAAGAUCCACGACAGGACGCAAACUCCGUUGGUCGCCACCUUAUUGUCCGGCUUAUUUUCAGGAGCGAUGGCUGCACUAUUCAACUUGGAACAAUUGAUUGAUAUGAUGUCUAUUGGAACACUGUUAGCUUACACUAUUGUUGCAGUCUGUGUUUUAAUUUUGAGGUAUCAACCAGAUGAAGCCAAAAACUAUCCAGGUUUAGAGAGCAAAGAUAGUGCGUUGUCUAUUAGAACACUGUUCAAUCUCAAUUGGAAUAAAUACCCGAAUUCAACCACUUCGUACAUUACCAACUGGACCAUUGGAAUUUUCAGCAUAUUCACAGGCAUUGUUUGCGCAAUGCUGAUAAACCUCCUGGAUGAGAUCAAGGAAGAUUGGUAUGUUUUGUUGUUGUUCAUCAUUGCCAUCAUUGGAAUGCUAGUGUGUCUUUUAAUCAUCGUACGACAACCUGUUGAAGAUACAGAACUGUCAUUCAAGGUUCCAUUGGUGCCAUUUAUUCCUUGCCUGAGCGUCUUCUUCAACCUGUACUUGAUGUUGGAGUUGGACGCACAAACCUGGAUCAGAUUUAUUGCCUGGUUAAUUAUAGGUUUUGCAAUUUACUUCUUGUACGGAAUGAGGAAUAGUGAGGAGGGACACAGAAUUCCAAAAGCAAAGGCAGUAAAAUCAAAAUCUCCAGAGAAAGAAGUCACGAAGUUUUAGAUAAUUGUAGUAAUUUAUUUUUAAUUGUACAACCGUAAGUCGACUAUAAUUUUACGUAUUGACCUCAUGUGAUAAGUUUUAUAUUUAAUACUAUAUUUUAUACAAUAUUUAUAUUUUUAAGAAUGUUGAAAUAAAUUAUAUUACGAUUUUUGACAUAAACUGA